AUGACGGUGGGUUCGUUCGACUUCGACGCUCUGAAUGCAACCAACCGAAUAAUUGGACCGAUCUUUUUCUUCUCUUAUAUCAUGGUGAUGGUCAUGAUCCUGAUGAACGUGUUCCUGUCCAUCAUCAACGACACGUUCAAUGAGGUGAACUCUGACGUCUCGAAGCAAUCUAGCGAUUCCGAAAUAGCCGAUUUCAUGAUGGAUCGUUUUGUUGCAACAGUCAAACGCACGGGCGCCACAAUUCAACCAAUUUAUAAAGAACCCAAAGAUGAGCUGGAUCAAAAUCUCGAUGACAUCGAAGAGCUUUCGGACAACGUGCAACUAGCGCUGCGAAGCCUUUGUCUCGAAAGCAUCCGUCACACGUCGUGGUUCAAAGCCGACAACGUGGAAGAGUCCGACAAGAAACGACAAAUCUUAGAGCUUCUCAUCAUUUCUGGCGAGAAUUUCACGGAAAGCGAUGUAUGUGAUGCAAUUCCGGUACUGGAUACAGUAUUGGCGAAGUACUCCUCAGAUCAGCUCAAGAUCAUCACCAAACAUUUUCAGGCAAAAUUGGCGCGGGAAGAGAAAGAAGACGCGUAAAAGGCAGGCGGAAGAACGCGAGGAUGAUGAUGAGGUUGACGACAGCGAUGGUAGUGAUGACGACAGCAAUUCUGACCGAUACGAGGACGUAUUUGAUGCUAAAGACAACACAAGGUUUGAUUUCUAA